UGGUUCAAGCGGAACAAAUCAUGGUUUAAAACCCUUUGCGCGAAGACACUAGUACAAGAGAGGAAAGCGGCACAUCGAAAGGAGGAUCUGGAAGAGCAUUUUCAGGAAUAUUACGGGGCGUUGGAGAAGUAUGGAAUUUGCUUUGAAGACAUAUGGAAUAUGGACGAAACUGGCUUUCGCAUCGGCGUUUUAAACGGAAAAAUCGUCAUUAUACACCUUAAUACGAAAGCUGUUUACUUAGCAGAUCCCGAUAAUCGAAAAUCACUUACUGCGAUCGAAACUGUAUCCGCUGGCGGCAAAGCAAUUAUACCAUUCCUUAUUUUGAAGGGGGAGAUCCUAUUAGAGGAACAUUUUAAUAACGACCUUAAUACUGAAUCAGUAUUUGCCAUAAGCUCCACUGGAUAUAUAAAUAAUAUUCUAAGCCUGAAAUAUAUUAAGCACUUCUAUAAUCAGAUAUAUAGACGUAUACAGGGCAAGUGGAGGAUGUUAAUAUUUAAUGGUCAUGGCUCCCACACUUCAGACGAGUUCCUAUAUUACUGCUAG